AUGACAUGGAAAUGGAAUAAGAAAGAUGCUGACCUUAGACAACUGAACUCAAAACAAACUAAAAUAUUUUCCCCAAGAGAAGAGGUGCCGCUCCUGCAGCACCGGCUAGAACCAGAAGAGCAUUUGGAUCUAUCUGGUAGCUUCUUCACCGGGAGGAUUCCAGAGAGUUUGGGGAAUUGUCUUGGCUUAAAGUCAUUGUUGCUGUAUAUGAACACGUUGGAGGAGACUAUCCCUGUAGAGUUUGGGAAUCUUGGGAAGCUCGAGGUUUUAGAUGUUUCGAGGAACACUCUUAGCGGUCCAUUACCUGCAGAGCUCGGGAACUGCUCGUCGUUGUCUGUUCUCGUGCUAUCGAAUCUGUACAAUGUGUAUGAAGACAUCCACAGCGUUAGAGGGGAGUCAGAUCUCCCUCCAGGCGCUGAUUUAACGUCGAUGACAGAGGAUUUCAAUUUCUACCAAGGAGGGAUUCCUCAGGAGAUCACUAGGCUUCCUAAGCUGAAGAUACUUUGGGUGCCGAGAGCUACUUUAGAAGGGAGGUUUCCGGGAGAUUGGGGCUCAUGUCAAAGCUUGGAGAUGGUUAAUUUGGGUCAGAACUUCCUUAGAGGAGAGAUUCCUGUGGGUCUUGGGAAAUGCAAGAAGCUUCGUCUUCUUGAUUUGAGCUUGAAUAUGCUCACCGGAGAGCUUCUCAAAGAGAUUUCUGUUCCCUGCAUGAGUGUCUUUGACGUUGGUGGAAACAGCUUAUCCAGUUUAAUCCCUCAGGUUCUCAGCAACACCACCACCACAGCUUAUCAUUGUCCUCCUCUUGUUCACUUUGAAAGCUUCUCUAUCGAAUCCUACAACAACAACCCUUCCCGUCCUGCACCGAAAGCCAAAAUGGAACAUGAUUUUUGUUGA